AUGGCUGUCUUCGACUGGAUUAGACGGCUACAAGUCCAACAGACCACAUCGAACGAAAAAGAUGGUGGCUCACGAAACAACCUCCCCAAAGUUCUCGAAUCCGUCGAUGGCUCUGUUUCUGGAAGAGCCGCUGACUCGCCCGAUACCGAGUUAUCAUUCCCCUCGGACGACGAAAAAGCUCUCGCUCUCGAAAGCGUCCCGCAGGCAUAUGGUCGUUUGGCAACAUGGCGGGGAACAUUGAUCUUGCUGGUCACCUCGGGCUCCCAAUUUCUCGACAAUGUCUUCAUGACAAGCUCUAACAUGGCGCUAGCGUCUAUUCAAGAAGAAUUUGACGUUUCUAGCACUAAUCUACAAUGGAUGAUCUCCGCAUACACCCUGUCAUUUGGUGGCUUUUUGUUACUGGCAGGAUCCUUGUCCGAUCGAUACGGAAGGAAAAUGAUUCUCUGUCUCGGCUUGUUCUGGCUGAGCGUUUGGACUCUUGCCAUCGGGCUUGGCCAAUCUUUCAUCCAACUUACGAUUUUCCGAGGAAUUCAAGGCAUCGGUGCCGCAAUGACCGUCCCAUCUGCUAUCGGAAUUAUUAGUUCCUACUUCACUGGUGUCGACAGAACCCGUGGGCUCUCAAUUUAUGCCGCAUCUGGAACUCUAGGAUUCUGUGCAGGUCUAAUUCUCGGUGGUUUCCUUACUUCCUCGCUAGGAUGGCGAUACAUCUUUUUUAUCAUAAUUAUCAUCACCGGAGGGCUAUGUGCUCUCGGAAUGAUCGUUCUUCCCAAAGACCCGCCGAUUGACAAGGAAAGAGCGAAGAUGGACUACCUCGGGGCGAUCCUUUCCACUGCCGGCCUCAUUCUGCUUCAGUUUGUUCUCUCCAGUGGAGGUGUAUAUGGAUGGGGCACACCGUUUGUGAUUGUGCUUCUGGUUUUGUCCAUUGCACUCCUAGCAGCCUUCACGUUGCUGGAGAAAUACAUCAGAAACCCACUCAUGCCCCUGUCCUUGUGGAAGAUUCGAAAUUUUGCCGGACUAUGGAUUGCAGGAUUCACUUGCUAUGGAAGCUAUCAGAAUGUCAUUUACUAUAUUGUUCUGAUCGCGCAGAAAGUCGACAAGCUUUCUGCUGGCGACACAGCGAUUCGAUUUCUGCCUAUGGGAGUGAUUGGCUUCAUUGCGUCAAUGGGAACUGGCAAGGCCCUUGAGUACAUAAAUGGGAAAUACCUCCUUGUUGGUGGUCUUGUUCUUACCGUGCUGGCCCCUGUGCCAAGUGCUUUGACUGUGACAUCCUCGACCGAUUUUUGGGUCAAUACCCUUGCGACAUCUCUCAUCAGCAUCACUGCCGUGUCGCUUAUUUUUGUGACAACUAGCACAACAAUUUUGACUAGUGUUCCGGUCAACGUCAAAAGCCUGUGCGGGGGAAUGCUCAACACUGCAUUCCAAAUUGGGUCUGGUGUUGCACUGGCUAUUUCUGCUGCAACAACCGAAGAUGUGGAUAUCAAGAAAGGACAUGGACUUCCCCAGGAGUAUGCUACUGGUCUCCUUUGCUCCAUUGGAAUUGCGGGGCUGGGGUUGAUUAUUGGAAUUUUUGGGGUCCGAAGAAGAGGGAUUGGACCCAAGGACCGAACCGGAGAGCCCGUUGCGGUCUAG